UAAUUUCCGUUUUUCCGUUGUUCUACUACAAUAAACCGUAAUCUGUGCAAGAGAAUUCAACCAUAUGCCUUCGUAGUGCAUUCGCAGUUGUUCUCCGAAAACUUGUUGUGUGGGAUCGUUGUGCUAAUUGAAUAAAAUUGAUUUUUUUGCACUUAAACUUUCUGCUUAAAAUGUGGCAAAAUAUUUGCAAUAGAAAAAUGCGAUUAUUAUUAACUUUCUUCGAGUAUUGUAUAUGAGAAGUGUACGAAAUCUGUGAAAAAUGAAUAGUUUACAAAGUGAACAGAUGGAAGAAAUAUUCGAUGCGGAUUCCAGCGUACUUGCGAAAUCUGCUGCAGACAACAAAGACAACCGUGUUUGUGCCCUGUCACUUGUGGAGGUAGCAGCAAAUAAGCACAAAUAUGUGGGGGAUGAUUACAGGGACGAAGGUCAACAACUUGACGAGGAGGAAACGAUUUUUCUUGAACGUCGUUGCAACAGUCAAUGUAGCGUAAGCAAUGCAGCUGAGACUCCGAUAGAGGCAACAACCCCCAUCUCCCCCACCUCACCAUCAUCUACACCCUCACCAACUAGCGCACAAUCAACCCCUUACACAAACAAGCCCACGGCAUAUGCGUGUAUGCAAAAUCAACUAGAAAGGGAGGACGAGGAAGAAGAAGCAGAGGUAGAGGUGGAAAACACCACAGGGGAAUCAACACGAACCAAUAUAGCGAAUACUGACCACCAUGUGUUUGAAGCAUGCAAGGAAACGAAUGCUAUUUUCGGUGAUGAUACUUUGUUGCCCUCGGAGCAUUACGAUCACACAUCCCCUCAUCCGCUUAGUGAACGUUGGUCGCCUCUAGGCGCGAACUAUGACGAUGCAAUGAGUCCUACUUCAGAAUUGCUUAGUCCCGAAUCCGAAUUAGAACUUUUGAGUUCCGAUAGUCAGGACAAGCAGGAGUUGUUGCGUAAUGAUCCCAACGAAUUGGGACGUUUAAGAAAUAUGGAAGAGGAACAGGAGCUGUUAACCACUUCGCUGAUGGCAUUGACUUCGCAUUUCGCCCAUGUUCAAUUAAGGGUGCGACAAAUUGUGGAGGCGCCUUCACACGAACGAGAUCAGCUACUGAAGGAUUUGGAGGAAUUUGCGUUUCGCGGCAUACCGGAACCAAUAGUGCCCGGCUCAGCAGGCGAUAUGAAUCCUGACUCAUCCUCCCUUGCACAGCCUGACGAUGAGGCGGUGCGACAACGACAAUUUGAACUGAUUGAACAUCUGAAAUCACAACUAAGUGAACUAGAAAAGCUGGCGUAUGAAUCGGGAGCGCCGGUUUUGCCACAGCACAUCUUACUUGAGAAGCAGAAGAUAAUCAUUGACGAGCUUAAAAACAAAUUGAAUUUGCAAGUUGACGAGCGCGAUUUGCCCGAGCUGAGUCCCGAAGAGUUGAAGAAUCAUGUAGACAAUGCCAUCGGCGAAUUUGUAGGCCCACUGCGAAUGAAGGAGCAAUUGGUGGCACAAUUGAAAACACAAAUAACUGAUCUUGAACGUUUCAUUGCCUUUUUGCAAUGCGACACGGAGGAUUCGAAGAUGAAGACGCUCAAUGGUAGUGAGAAGCUGAAUGAACCCUAUAAUAGUUAUGCUGCCAAGAAGAAGGGAGAAAAGGUGCGAAAACUGCAUUUGAAGCCACAGCAGGACGUAACAGAAGAUACUCUCAAUGCUUUGCAUCCAAAUACAAGUCGAAAUGCCGCACAACAGAGUCAUGGUGAGACUUUGAAUAGUAAGGCGCAUAGUUUGUUGGAUAAGGCUUCCUUGUUGAUGCAAAUGUUUGCCACUACACAUUUUGGCGCCAAAGCUGAUCAAUUUCAAAAGAAUACGCUGAAGAAAACAUCAAAGGGCAAUCACUGGGGUGAUUUGCGCGCCCAGCUCGAAGUCGACAUACAGGAGGUAGCUUCACUGGCAGCUACACUCAGUUUCGAUCGUGAAAAGUUGGCCAACAUGAAGCGGGCACUGAAGAACUCAAAUCGCAAUGUUAGCGCCUCCUUAGCAUUGAGCGCUCACAAUGGCACCGUCACCAAACCGCCCCGUGCGCGUCCACAUGCCACAACAACAACAAAUCGUAAAGAUCUUAAGACAUACACCGUGUCCUCCGAUUCGGAUGAGGAGGACACCUACGAUUGUUACGCUUGGGAGCGUAACCAGUGGCGCAAGUCGCAUGGUUCGCGUUAUAAUGGCGGCGACUCAAUUGCAACGAUAAGUAAGGAGUUGACGACAGCGGUGCGCAAGAACUUUUCCAUGACGCUCUUGCGGCUCAUACAACAUGGACUGCGUGUGGAAACCGAAUCGGCUACUUCCAGUCUAAUUGUGCCAUUCAUGCGCUGCCUCCAUCCGUCCCCAGUUUUUGCCGCCGAGCAGGGUUAUCGCACACGAGACGCAACUAGCACUUCAUCCUUUGUUUCUUCGGCGGCCUUCUCUUCCACCUACAAUGCCAAUUACACGGGCAACGAUUGCGAUGAGGAGAGCACAAGUGGAUUCUUUGGCACGGGUGGCAGUCGACCGAUGCAUGCGUGGGAACUCAUUUUGGAAUAUUACUAUUUGAAGAAUGGCGACGAAUUUAAUAACACACCGGCACGAAAACUCUCGCAAAGUUUCAAUUUGGAUAUUGUGGACUCGCAAGCGGUGACGGCGAAGCAGGGUUUCCUCAGUGCGGUGGGCAUGAUAAUUGCCAUGCAUCGCCCCUACAAACGCAGCUACAAUGCACAUUUCAAGGCUUUUGUUUGUGCAGGACUGAACUGUCAUCAGUUGGUUGAGUGGUUGAAUUUGAUAUUUAGCUGCACCGAUUUGGUAGACACUUACUACACCGCCAACAGCUAUGUGGCACGCACUGGCUUUCGUGACUCGUUGCGUUCAAUUGAUGCGCUCACCAAAUACGAUUUUGAUUUGCCUGUAGACUUGGCAAUUCGACAUUUUCGUAAUCUUUAAUUAGUCAGCGUAAUUAAGUAAGCACAGUGGAUGCCCAAAGUGCAUAUAUAUAUAUCUACAUACCUACAUACAUACAUACAUACAUAUUACGGAGUCCACAAGUCAACUAAUUUCAUAUCCAAACAUAAAAAAAAGGCAAAACCCAAUGUACUUAUACGAAUUAAUGCAAACUAAUCGAAUUUCUUCCAAAUUAGUAUGCGCAUUUAUUGAUGUGUUGCUCAAGUAUUCGUAUGCUAUAGUUCGAAUAUUUGUGUAUGUCAGUGUGUAAUUUAUGCUUUGAUAUGUCGUUUAGUAUUGAAAGGCACCAAACUCUGGUCCAUUUUUAUUCUAGUCUAAUACUACUCUAUAUAUGGUAAUAUUUAUGUAACUAUGUAUUAAAUAACCAACUAAUGCCUAAGUAGCGAUAAAACAAACUCUAAUCUAUGCAA